AUGCCGGAUCGCAACUCACCAGAAAUCCCACGCGAACCCCCUCUCGAGACAGAUCUUUACGACAUCCUUGGUGUCAGUCAAGAUGCGAAACCAGAGGCGAUCAAAUCUGCAUACAAAAAGUUAGCGCUGAAGCAUCAUCCUGACAAGGCCCCAGCCGAUUCCAAGGACGAAGCGAACCACAAAUUCCAGCAAAUAGCCUUCGCCUAUGCCAUCCUCUCCGACGAGCGCCGUCGUAAGCGAUUCGACCUAACCGGUAGUACGGCCGAAGCAGUCAAUGAAGAUGAAGACUUUAACUGGAUGGACUUUUACCGCGAGCAGUUCUCUGCCUCAGUGGACGUUAACGCGCUAGAGAAGUUGAAGAAGGAGUAUCAGGGGUCGGAGGAGGAAAAGCGCGAUAUGCUUGCGGCGUUUGAGAAAAGCAAGGGUGAUAUGGACAAGGUCUACGAAUCGGUGAUGCUGUGCAAUGUUCUUGAUGAUGAUGAGCGGUUCCGGGCUAUUAUUGACAAGGCCAUUGCCGACGGCGAGGUAGAGAAUUACGAGGACUACUCGGAGGAACCGGAGAGCAAGCGUCAGCAAAGGAUAGAAGCAGCGCAGAAGGAGGCUGCAGAAGCGGAGGAGCUGAGUAAGGAGAUUGAGGAGAAGAAAGAGGCUAAGGGUAAGAGAGGAGGUGGGAGGAAGAAGAAGGCCAAGGAUAAUGCUUUGGAUGAUAACGCGCUGGUGGCUAUGAUCAAGCAGCGACAAGCGAAUCGCGCCGAGUCAUUCUUCGAUAAGUUAGAGGAGAAAUAUGCGCCGAAGGGUCAAAAGAAACGAGCUGCGCAGAUGGAUGAGCCUCCCGAGGAAGCUUUUGCUGCUACUGGUGCGCGCAAGUCGUCCGGCGGUAGUAAGAAGAAGAAGACUAGGGCGUGA